UUCCUUGACACUCUCUUGCAAUUUGCUCCCCUACUUCACAUAGUUCUGAUGGGCAAGUUUGUUCGUUGAACAACUUAAUUUGCAAGAGUUUCCAACUUUCCUGGGCAGAAAGAAAUCGAAGUCGAAAAACGUUUGGGCGCAAGCAAUGACGAAGACCCAGGUGUUAGACAGAAUGCUCUUUAUGGACUUGGGCUUUGGGCGGAAUACGGUCGUUCUUCUUUCAAACCUUUUAUUGGAUAGGCUCUGUCAAGGAUCAAUAUAGUGAUAAUGCACUUAAGUGCUCGUGAACCUAAGAAUAUACGGGCAUAUGAUAAUGUUGUUCUUGCACUUGGUAAGAUAUGUCAACUUCAUGGUGAAAGUAUUGACUCAGCCCAGGUUAUUCCAGCUUGGUUGAAUUGCUUGCCUAUCAAAGCUGAGUUGAAAGAACCCAAAUUUGUUCAUGAACUGUUAUGUUCAAUGGUGGAAAGGUCAGACAGAGAACUUCUAGGUCCCAACUAUCAAAACCUUCCAAAAGUUGUUUCAGUUUUUGCAGAGGUUCUAUGUUCUAGAAAGGAUCUUGCUACAGAAGAAACUGUGAAUCGCAUGAUUAUCGGAUUGAUGUAUCUUCAGCAAACGCUGCCACCAAACACCAUGGAAUCAGCAUGGUCAUAUAUUUUGCCUCAGCAGGAGAUGGAGUUGAAAUCCCUUCUAUCACCUGAAAAAGUUGCUUAACUUUUAACCAAUUCAAUGGAACUACUACCACUGCGAUUUAAUUUGUUGGAUAUAUCUAACAUUUUGUAUACUUGUAUCAGUUACGAGCA